UUCUCCUCCUCUGUCAUGCCAGCAGCGUCUACUCGAGCCUGAGAGGAAGAUCUCGUGGAUCCGGACAGGGUACGAGCAGGAGAGAAGCCCCUCCCCGCGUAUCAUCGCACCAGGCGAUGGUCCUUUUAACUUCAUUGUUGGAGAAGAAGCGACGCCCCGCUUUGCCACGGCAAAAGGAUCAAACACCCCCUCUGAUUAGCACGACCCCCAGUUUUGUUCUCAUGGAAAUCAGACCCUCCCUCUCCGCCACACUUUCUGCAGAGAUGCAAAGUUGAGGCGCAUUCUCAGCCGGGACAACAGAUGAUAAUGAUGUCUUGGAGGAGCUGAUCGUUUCAUUUCAGCAUUUUCCUCCCUGUGUUUCUCUCUCUGCUCUCGGACCGCACACUUUUCUCUCCCCAACAUGCUGCAUUUGGCGCAGCGCAUUGUUUUUUGCGCGCUGCUCGGCUCCGUUUACGCGCCGUGCCCUCCGCGCUGCGAAUGCUCAGAGGCGGCUCACACCGUGAAGUGCGUCUCCAGAGACCUGCGGAGUAUCCCGACUGGGAUCCCCGGAUACACCAGGAAUCUGUUCAUAACUGGGAAUCAGAUCGGGCGGAUCGGUCCGGAGUCUUUUAAAGGGCUGGGGAAUGUGACCAACCUGUCUCUGAGCAAUAACAGAAUCUCCGAGGUGGAAUCCCACACCUUUGCCGAACUCCGCAGCCUCCGCUCCCUGGAUCUGAGCAACAACCAGCUGGCACUCAUCCACCCCGAGGCCUUCACCGUGCAGAACCAGUCUCUGCGGGAACUCAACCUGAGCCGAGCCCUCUACAACCACUCGUCAGUGAUGGACUUGGCCACCUCUCUCCGCUGGAGCUCCCUGGGUACCCUGAAGGGGCUGGACCUUUCUCACAACGGCCUCAUCUAUUUACCCUCACGCAUCUUUUCCCACCUGACCAGCCUGCGGCGCCUCCUGCUUUCCAACAACUCCCUGGUGGCCAUUCACAACAACACCUUCUCAGGUUUGGAGCACCUGGAGGAGCUGGAUCUGACCCUGAACGCCCUGAAGACGAUCCCCGAGGAGGGCCUACGAGAGCUGGACUCCCUGCCUGGUGCUGUUCUUCAGCUGGGGGAAAACCCGUUUACAUGCACGUGUGGAAUCGAACCAUUUGCUCUGUGGCUCAACAGAUCACAGGGACGCAUAAGUGAUGCUGAGGGCCUCGUGUGCGCGUUCCCGGCCAGCAUGAGAAACACAUCCAUGCUGGCUGUGGGCACGUUGACUCUGGGAUGCCAUCAGAGCGGUGCAGGGGCUGACCUUGCUUUGCAGACCUCUUACGUCUUCUUGGGUAUAGUCCUGGGCUUCGUGGGGCUCAUCUUCCUGUUUGUACUUUAUCUCAACCGCAAGGGCAUCAAGAAGCGCAUCUAUGACUUGCGGGACGCCUGCAGGGAGGUGUGGGAGGGCUACCACUACCGCUUCGAGAUUGACUCUGACCCCAGGUUAUCACAGGUCUCCACGAGUGCUGACGUGUGAGAGGACAAUCACCUCUGGUGUUUUUUCUUAUGACUCUUUUCCAAUGCAUUUAUCAGUAGUGACAUGUAAAAAGUGUACAGAUUUUUCUGUAAAUAUAUAAAUACAAUAGUGUUAAUUAUCUUUCAGCCUUGUUGUUUAAAGCAUGCACUGCCCAUUUUUCCUCUUUACACAACAAAUGCGCUCUUUUAGUACAGAAUAUCCUGGAUUUGUUCGCUCUCUUGAGCUAAACGGACGUGAAUGUUGUACAGGGAGUUUAAUAAGUGAAGUCUUAAAAUCACGCCUGCUCCUUAUGUCCAUAUGAAAGCAACAGCAAGUGCCUAAAGUCAGCUAGGUAUUGUUUUUUAAUCAGCAGAGCGAUCUGAACUCAGUCUCCACAUUUUCAGUCAUUACUCUGUGUCAGAUCUUAUUUUCAGCUUGUAGAAAAGCAACAAAAUGCUGCAAUAAAACCCCGACACUACAAAAACAAACCUCUGGGAAUUCAAAGCACAAUCACUCAUUCUUCUUUGAACCAUUUCAAGCCCUUUGGUCUCUGCGUCCUCCGGCCCCAGGGUGCCAGAGAGGAAUUAAGCCUCCAAAGCUUUUCCCCUAAAGUCACCACUCUGCUCCUCUUUGGCUGUCGGAUUUGAAGGGGAGACAAUUCGGUGCAGACCAGCGGAAAUCUCCUAGCCCCCUCAUUUUUUCUCUCAUGAACCGUUGCUUUGUUUCAACUGCUUGAGCUUUAUUGUCAAAAUGAUGAGAACCAGUCCUGGGCUGAGGCCGCUGAAAGCAAUCUCCCCUCCCUCCUUAAAGACAACAGCCGCUGUGGAGGCUCUCUGAGAGAAAACUCUGGCUCUCCACGUUUUUCUGUUUAGGGGAUUUUUUUCUUCUUCUCAGUGAUAAGACACAGAUGAUUCUGUAACACCAGCUACAUUGUUUCAUUCAGCAGUUUGAUCAGUUAAGAAAGAAAAUGCUCUUCACCUUUUGGUUUUUCUGUACCGUCUAUGUUCCUGCAGUUCAGGUUAUGCUGUGAAAAAGUGUUGUUUCCUAAGAGAAAUACCACUGAAAUCCAGAGGUGUAUAUCAAUACGUCUGUUUCUCAAACCUUACAUUUUACAUGCAUGUUUAAACUGAAUCAAUUAUAACCUGCAUGAGUGCCAAACAAAACACAAUAGCCUUCUUUUCUCAAGUGUCACAUGUGUCGUCCCUGUUUUCCAAAAUGGCUCCAUGACAAAAGCAAUCCUCUGUGGCCUUAUGAUGCUAUGAAGUGAGACAAACACAGACAGUGAGAGAGGAUGGCAUGCUGCCAUUCCUCAAAGUGUUUAUUGCCUAAAUUGCUAGCUAUCUAGGUAUUUGGAACGGGGAGGGAGGAGGCCUGGAGUUAACUGAAACAGCCUCCCAUUGUUCGAAGCCAAAGCAGCAUCUUCAUCCUAUCAAGAUGUUCUCCAAACUCCUCUGAUAGCAAUCCAGAAAUGUUUAUAACAUGGAGACAUUUUACUGCAUGUGUAAAGACAAAAUAAAGCUUCAGAAAGUU